UCUCCUUUUUUGUCGAUCUCAUCGUCCCUUCCGGCCUUCCCCUUGCCCCUCUUCUCGCGCCCGUCCCAGCUGAAACCCUCAGUAGCCGGAGCCACUGUAUUUCAGCUUGUAACUUCACCGGUUGCUGCCACCGGUUGCUUCUUCCAGAAUCCUGACACCUAGAGGUUUUUGCUUGGGCGGUGCCGCGCCGCGCCGCGCCGUGCCGUGCCGCGCCGGCCAAGAUUUAGUUCAAGGAAAGGAAGGAGAGAGAGAGAGAUGCAUGAUUCGCGCGUGCGUCCCGAGCUCGAAUACGCCCCAAACUCCUGCAGCUAGCUACUAGUAGCACUCCAUCGCGCAGGUGAGGGGAUCGAUCAAGCAGUUAGUCCAAGAAACGAGCUUGUUCCAGCAGGUAGCGACGAGAUCAAGAAGCUGGCGGCGAGCAAGUGGUGGGAGCGCGGCGUCGAGGGCGCCAUGGCCGGGAUGGGCCCCACCGGCGGCUGAGCUGGGGUUGCGUCCCACUACUUGGAUCUCCGCACGCAGCAGCAGCACCAGCCGUCGCCGCUCUCCCCCACCUCCCAAGUCAAGAUGGAGCGCUCCGUGCCGUCGACGGACAGGGACGAGAACCCGGCCACCAACGCGGAUCACGGCGGGAGCGGUGUGGGUGGCGGGGAUCGACCCUCUCCAUCGGCCAUGGUGCCGGCAGAGGGCUGCGGGGGAUCCGAUGGCCCGAUGAGGAAGCAGCGCGGGAGGCCGGCGGGGUCCAAGAACAAGCCCAAGCCGCCCAUCAUCGUGACGCAGGACAGCCCCAACUCGCUCCACUCCCACGUCCUUGAGGUCGCCGCCGGCGCCGACGUCGUCGACUGCGUCUCCGAGUACGCGCGGCGCCGCGGGCGCGGCGUCUGCGUGCUCAGCGGCGUCGGCGCUGUCUCCGACGUCGCGCUCCGCCAGCCCGGCGCCGAGCCCCCGGGCAGCUUCGUCGCCACCCUACGCGGACAGUUCGAGAUCCUGUCACUUACGGGCACCGUGCUGCCGCCGCCCGCGCCCCCCGGGGCCAGCAGCCUUACCGUGUACCUCGCUGGAGGGCAGGGGCAGGUGGUCGGUGGGAGGGUUGUCGGCCAGCUCGUCGCCGCGGGGCCCAUGGUCCUCAUGGCCGCUUCGUUCGCCAACGCCGUCUACGAGCGGCUGCCUCUGGAGGGCGAGGAAGAGGAGGUGGCGACUGCCACUGCCACAGCCACCGCAGCCGCGGAAUCGCAAGGCGCAGUGCAACCGCAGCAACCGAAGGCGUCGCAGUCGUCCGCGGUGACCGGAGGCGAUGCCGGUGGCGUCGGCAUUGGCCAGUGCAUGUCACUGUACGAUCUUGCUAGAGGGAAUGUGGGAGGCUACCAGUUGCCCGGAGACAUCUUCGGCAGCUGGACCGGCGGUAUGAGGCCGCCAUUUUGAUUCACAUCAAGCUCUUGACAAUGGCAGCAUCAGGGUAAGUCUCAGAAGGUUCCAUGGAGAACCUGUGAUUGAUCACUCUGAUCAUACAUUUUGGUUGAUGGCUACACUUUUGAUAAGAGCAUGAAGGCAAUGUGCUGAGAAUGCAAUGCAUGCUGUGCUUACUGUUGAACUGGGAAAUCCCAAAUGGUCUAUACCUAUCAUGUAAGAAUCUCAUGCAUUACAAAGUGGAGUAUCAACAUUGGUAAUGAAUUUUAAUAUUUUUGGCUGGAAGGGAUCAAUUAGUCCAAGAAAAUCCAAGAAGAAAGGUCAGUAGGCCCAGAGUUCACUGUUUAGUGCCCAUCUGUAAUCUUUUGCUUUAGAAUGAUGUUUGUCAAGUUGUUACGGUCUUUUUGCCUUUUGCUUCUAUUUUUCUUUACAAGGAUGCUUGUUAUGCUA